AAACUGAAAGUGGAGUCGGGAAAACCGCACUUCUCUUUUCUUCUUUUCUGAUGCUCAUCUAUUAGACCCAACUUUUGUAGUUACCAAAAACCUUCUCCUUUCCAUUCAUUCACUUCCAUCUGUAACCAUGCCUCCUCCUCACCACCACCAUGAUCACCACCGUACGCACGGUGGAGCACCACCAAAACCAAACCAAGAGUUUCUUUCUCUAAUCCUGAAAGCCAUAAUAAUGACUGCAAUAACCAUCUUUUUUUUCCUGUUCCUUGGUGUUGCCGCCAUCCUCCUCCUCGUUGCCACCUCUGCACUCCACCGCCACUCGACUACAUCCUCCAAUUCCCCUAAGGCGUUGCCUCUCAAAGACUUAAAGAAGCUCCCAAGAUUCAGAUUUUCGACCAAGACGAGACCCGAAACGGGUGCUGAUCAAAGUUCAUGUGUGGUUUGUCUUGAAGAGAUAAAGCACGGGCAGUGGUGUAGAAACCUUGUUGGAUGUGGUCAUGUGUUUCAUAGGAAAUGUGUGGAUGCGUGGCUUGUUAAGGUUUCCGCAUGUCCUAUUUGCAGGACACGAGUUGGAUUGGAUCAGGGCGUAAAAGAUAGGCCAUUGUGGGACUUUGUUUGGAGAGAUGAAUUGAGGGUUUGGUAGCAUUUUCUUUUUCUCUAUCUAAUUGUAAGUUCUUGUUAAAUUUCGAUCCCCUCUUCUUUUUUCUUUUUGUAUGUACGUUAUUAGAUUUUUGCUUUUAUAAAUAAACGAAUGGUAUCAACUUUCAAAUCCAUGUAUUUGAUUUUGAAUGGCAGCAUGCUUGUUCGGUCGAUAAUUCUCUUCAUGAUAUAUGCUCUGUUUUGAAUACGAAA